AUGAUUGAACCUUUUCUUUCUCUCUUACUGGGUAAGUUGAGAUCUCUCAUCGAACAAGAGGUGGGAUUUGCCUUAUCAGUGAAGAAGGAGCUCAUGAAACUUGAAGAUGAAUUGAACAUAAUUGGAGAUGGAUUGCAGGAUGCUGAUCUAAUGCACUUCUCGUCAGAACAGGUCAGGACCUGGUUGGGGCAGCUCAAAGAUGCAGCUUACGAUGCUGAAGACAUACUUGAUGAAUACGGAGCCAGGAUUUUGCAGAUAACAAAUUCUGAACACCAGGUAUGCAAUACCCCUUGCUCCCCAUUUUCUUCCUGCAAAAAAAUUGGGGUUUUGAGAAGGAUUGGUUGUAGGAUCAGGGAGGUAAGUUCAAGGUUAAAUGAAAUAUCCUCCAAUAAGGACAAGUAUGGUCUUGACAGAAUUGUUCUAGGGAGCAACUCUUACGUAGCUGAGUUAAACACAAACCGUCAGACUAGUUCGGUCCUUGUGGAAUCUGAGAUAAUUGGGAGAGAUGAGGAUGCAGACAUUGUGACGAAUUGGUUAUUGGAUGAGCUGGAUGCCAGAGAGGAAAAUGUUUCUAUCAUCUCAAUAGUGGGAAUCGGAGGGCUUGGAAAGACAACGCUUGCAAAGAAGGUCUACAACAGCAUGCGUAUUGGAGAACAUUUUGAGAAGUCCAUGUGGGUUUAUGUUUCAGAGAAGCCAAGACCGACAGAACUGGCAAAAAAGAUACUGGAUGAAGUUAAUAGAAGUGGGUUUAGUAUUGGUUGGAGCAACAUCACAGAAUUGAAUACCCUUUAUACUAAGAUAAUUGAUAGCCUCAGAAAUAAGAGAUUCUUGCUUGUGCUGGAUGAUGUCUGGAAUGUGUAUUGGUGGCAGGAACUGAAGUCUCCUCUCCAAAGUGGUGCACCAGGAAGCAAAAUAUUAGUCACAAGUCGUACGAAACAUCCUUCAGUCGAGAUGGGUGCAGUAUACAUUCAUGAGCUGAGGGGUUUGCCAGAUGACCAGAGUUGGUCCUUGUUCCUCAGGAAGGCUCUGAAGGAGGAGGAGACAGAACAAGACCUUGAAGCAUUAAUGCUUAAGGAAACAGGCAAAGAAAUAGUGAAGAAACUCGAUGGUUUGCCUCUUGCAGUGAAGACAAUUGGCAGUGUUAUGCGCUCUAAAAGGAGAACAUGGAUAGAUUGGCAAGCUGUUCUGAAUAGCAGGAUUUGGGAUUGCCAAAGCUCAGUUAACCAAAGCAUCCUUCUUCCUGCUCUGCUUUUGAGUUAUAAUAAUCUUCCCAUGUAUCUUAAAAGGUGCUUUGUAUUUUGCUCAGUAUUCCCUAAAAAUUUCUGGAUACAUAAGAUAUAUUUGAUCAGGUUGUGGAUGGCAGAGGGUUUCGUUCUAGACGAUGAAGGUAGAGAAAUGGAAGUCAGAGCAGAAGAUUACAUUGAAGAUCUUAUUGGCUGCUGUCUGUUUCAAGAUGAGAAGAGAGAUGAGAAUGGGAACAUAAUUAAAUUCAAAAUGCAUGCUGUUAUCCAUGAUCUUGCACUUUACUUGUCUGGUAAAGAGUAUGUGGAGACAAAUUCUCAUGCCCGUCAUUUAUCAUUAAUUGGUAAGGAUCAGUCCUUUGAUGAAAGCCUUGGGAAGCAGAAAUAUCUUCACCUUCGAACACUAUUGUUACCUGAUACAUAUAAAAUAGCAUAUAUGCAUUCCAAAUUCUUAAUCAACUUUAAGCUGCUUAGGGUUUUAGAUUUGAGUGACAAUGAUAAACUCUCCAAAUUGCCAGACUCGAUAGGAGAUCUGAUACUUUUGAGGUACCUCAAUCUUUCAAACACAAAAUUAGAGUAUUUGCCUCAGUCAGUCAGCCAGCUUUGCAAUCUGCAAACAUUGCAACUUGGACGAUACAUUAGGGAACUGCCCAAAGGCAUUUCAGCACUAUGUAGUUUGAGGAAUUUAGAAUUUGACUCUUCAUUGAGCAUGCCUCGAGGAACAAUGAAAUUAACCUGCUUGAGAACCCUGACAAAAUUUGUGGUGGGUAGGGGUGAAAGAGAAUGUGGCAUACUGGAACUUAAGAACUUGAACAAGCUAAAAGGAUGUCUUGUUAUAGAACAUUUAGAAAGGGUUAAGGGCCAAGAAGAAGCCAGACAAGCUGAAUUGAGUAAUAAGGAAAAUCUUCAAUCCUUGGAGCUGUGGUGGGAAGAGAAAGAUGAAAAUAAGGUGACAACUGAAGAGUUGGAAAGAAUGGAGGAGGUAUUGGAAGCACUACAACCUCCAAUGAAUCUUGUAAGGAUAAACAUAUGUGAUUUCUUGGGAAAGAGGUUUCCUACAUGGAUCCAGACAUCAACGAUAUUGAAGUGUCUAAGAGAGGUUCUUCUAUACAAUUGCAAACUUGUGGAGCAUUUACCCCCACUAGGGAAGUUACCCUUUUUAAAACGUCUCUAUAUAUUCCAAGUCUACAAAGUCAGGAAACUUAAUAGUGAUUUCCAUGCUGGAGAUGAUAUUGACAGAAGGGUUGGGUUUGAAAAGUUGGAGGAGUUGAGCUUGCUCCAAAUGAGUGAGUGGGAAGACUGGUCAUCUAAGGAGGACAUCAUAAUGCCUUGUCUCAAGAACCUGUAUCUCACUGAUUGCCCAAAACUGAAGGCUUUACCUGAAUUUUUCCAAUCAUUAGAGACAUUAACAAUCUAUAGAUGUUUUGAUCUAUAUGCUCUAUCAAACAUGCCUGUGCUUAUGAAACUAGAAAUCAGAGGGUGCCAAAGGCUGCAGGCACUGCCAUGCCUGCCAUCACUUGUGUCCCUAUAUAUGGAUAACUUAUCCAAUUGGGAAGGAUGCUUGGAGACCGCUGAAGGAAUCAUGCCACGUCUACAGAGCUUUUAUCUAAGGAAUUGCCCAAAGUUGACCGAACUGCCUUAUUUGCCUAGCUUGACUGUUUUAUACAUAAAACAAUGUGAAGGCUUGCAUGGUUUAUGGCAAUCUGGCAGGCAUCCAACGAGACUUGAGUCUCUAGAAAUUGUGGACUGUCCUAUAAUUCAAACUUUCAGAUGCCCAUCUUUUCCUUCAAUGAACCUACUGCUAAGGGGGCCACCAGAACACCCACAGAUUGUUAAAUCUAUUGCAGGGAAUUCUCUUUCAGAUGAACUUGCUCAUCUCACUCAUUUGAAAAUUGAGAAUCUGCCAGAGUUGUGUUCACUACCAGAAACAUUGUUGAAUUUGACUUCCUUAGAGAUAGAUGGAUUUUCAAAAUUCAGUUCACUUAUGACAAGGCAGCAACUGGGAACAAAACUUAAACGUGUGAGCAUCAAGAACUGUUCUAAAUUAACAUCUCUACCCGAACAGCUUCAAUAUCUCACUGAAUUUCAAUCUCUUAGCAUUGGAAACCUUCAUGAUAUUUGUUCUUUACCAGAAUGGUUGCAAAACUUGAGGGGGCUAAAAUCCCUAGUCAUCAAGGACUGUCCAAACAUUAGCAGCUUACCAAGUGGGAUGCAGAAGCUCACUGCACUUCAGGUUUUGGAAAUUGAUGGUCUUCCUGAACUUGAUACACUGCCAGAGUGGCUGGCAGAUAUGAGUAAACUUGUGGAUCUGAAAAUAAAAAAUUGUCUCACUGAGUUCCCUACCAACAAGAAUUGA